AUGGGGGGAUUGGGGGAGCGAGAGAGGCCUCUGGAAUGUCGUGACAUGGCCGAAGGUGAGCGAGAGGAGGGAAAGGAGGAGAGGGAGGAGCGCUGCAUUGUCCUGGUGUUGAGCCAGAGACUGGCUGGUGCGGUGCUGGGUCGUCGUCUGGGUGAAUGGGGACACCAGGGGAGGUCUGAGAGUUGCUACAUGUACAGUAAAGUUCCGGCGGCAAUGAUGCUGGUCUGGCGAGUAGCCGGCGAUCAUACGGAGGCGAGGGAGGCACCUACGCCGAGGCUCGGAGGCCCGGAGGCUCGGGAGGAGUUACUGGCUACUUACUCGGUACCACUGUGCUAG